AUGGGUAAAAUAUCAACUAGUGAACUCAAAGGAAAACAACGUCAUAAUCCUUUAUUAAAAGAUAUUUCAUCCCAAGGAGGUAAUUUAAGAACAACUCCAAGAUCAUCAUCCUCAUCCAAAUCAACCACCAAUAAGCUUACUAAACAACAAGAAGAAGAAGGAUAUUUAGAUGCUACUACUUCUAGAAAGAUCUUACAAUUAGCCAAGGAACAACAAGAUGAACUAGAAGAGGAAGAAGCAGCCGGACAACCACAACAAGUUUCAUUCUUCGAUAGACAACAACAACAGAAAGAUAGUGACGAAGAAGAAGAACUGGAAGAGGAAGAAUAUUCAGAUUUCCAAGUGGAAGAAAUCUAUGAAGAAGAAGAAAUCGAAGUUGAUGAAAAAGAUGCCGAAUUAUUCAACAAAUAUUUCCAAUCCAACGGUCCACAAGGUAGUGGUGACUCCCAAACCAUAAACCUUGCUGAUAAGAUCAUGGCCAAAAUCCAAGAAAAACAAGAUCAAGAUCAUCAACUCCAACAACAACAAGAAGGACUCGCCAAACCAGUCGAUGCAGUCCUCUUGCCACCAAAAGUCAUCAUGGCCUAUGAAAAGAUUGGAAAAAUCUUAUCUACUUAUACUCAUGGGAAAUUACCUAAAUUAUUCAAAAUCUUACCAAGUUUAAAGAAUUGGGAAGAUGUAUUAUAUGUCACCAAUCCAGAACAAUGGACUCCUCAUGCAACAUAUGAAGCCACCAAAUUGUUUGUAUCCAAUUUAUCUGCCAAUCAAGCUCAAAAAUUCGUUGAGAAUGUCUUGCUAGAAAAAUUCAGAACUUCAAUUGAAGAUUCAGAAGAUCAUAGUUUGAAUUAUCAUAUUUAUAGAGCAUUAAAGAAAUCCUUAUAUAAACCAGCUGCAUUCUUCAAAGGGUUUUUAUUACCUUUAGUAGAUGGAUAUUGUACCGUUCGUGAAGCUACCAUUGCCGCAUCUGUAUUGGCAAAAGUUUCCGUUCCUGUCUUGCAUUCCUCCGUGGCUUUAACUCAAUUAUUACAACGUGAUUUCAGUCCCGCUACUACCGUAUUCAUCCGUGUCUUGAUUGAGAAGAAAUAUGCAUUGCCAUAUCAAACCUUGGAUGAAUUGGUGUUUUAUUUUAUGAGAUUCAGAAAUGCCGAACAAAUGGAGAUUGAUGCGAAGGAAGCACCUCAAUUACCCGUUGUUUGGCAUAAGGCGUUCUUGGCUUUCGCUCAAAGGUAUAAGAAUGAUAUUACUAAUGAUCAACGAGAUUUCUUGUUGGAAACUGUGAGACAAAGGUUCCAUCAUGCUAUUGGACCGGAAAUUAGGAGAGAAUUAUUGGCUGGGAAACCAAGAUUGACUGAUGGGAAUGGCGAGAAUAAUAAUAAAGAUGGAAUAAUGAUAGAUGCGUUUUAG